GACGGGGUUUUGGGAUCCGUAGAAAUGACGGGAUGUUUUUUUCACCGAGGGUAGAGCCCAGCCUCUUCUGGUGGUCCGAUGAGAAAAAGGAGCUGCUCCUCAGGUUUUGGGAAAACUAUAUUUUAAUCCUGGAGACUCUGGAAGGAAAUCAGAUUCACGUGAUAAAACCCGUCUUGCCAAAGCUAAACAGUCUGUUCGAGGACGCGGUGGCCGAGGGAAAAACCCGCUGGCUGAUCCACCCGUCCUGGCACCUGUGCAUUUACAAACGCAUGUUUGAGAGCGAAAACAAGACCCUGGUCGGCGAAGGGGUGAUGCACUUCCUGGAGCUGUGGGCCACGGAAGGCCUUCCCAGUGCUCCGGACUUCUCAGAGUUCAUUAUCGGCCCGCUGAUGGACGCCCUCUCCGAAAGCUCCCUCUACAGCAGGUCCCCGGGCCAGCCCAGCGGCAGCUGCUCUCCGGUCGGGAUGAAGCUGCAGGGGUUCCUGGCCACCUACGUCGCAGGCCUCCCGGAAGAAAAAGCCAAGAGGAGUUUCCUGUUGCGGUUCAUCGAGAAGAUGUCCACCAGGCACUGGUGUGCCGUUCCCAUUUUAUUCUUCUCCAUGGCCCUGGCGCGCAUCCCGAGGAGUUGCAUCCUGGGGGCGGAAGGCCUCCUCGCCCUCAGGGAGGUGCUGCAGUGCACGAUGAUGACCCACCAGGUCCUGCUGCGGGGCGCCGCCCAGGGCUAUCUCCUGCAGGCCGCUCUGCGCUUGGUAGAUGUGGAAACCGUGUCCCUUUCGGAAAUGGCGAGUUUCCUGGCGUGUCUCCGGCCGGAAGAGUCACUAGGCAGAGGGACGGCGCUGUGGACCGAGGUCUGCGACUGGCUGCGGGUUAACGAAGCCUCCUUUGGAAAGUCCCUGAAUCGCGCGGCCGCCGGGGAGCAGGAAGAGUCGUCGCUCAACGCCUACGUGCGGAGCCUCGUGCGAGACUACGUGAAAUCGCCCAGCGACGAAGGAGGAAGAUGCUUCGUGCCGGACUGCUCCGAAGCUAAGCUGGUGGCGACGAUGGUUCUCCUGGCUACGGACGCGGAGGGAAGGCAGAGCGAAGGCAGCGAGAAGGAGGACCGCGGGCCGGACGGCCUCCGGACGGUCCUGCGGCCCCUCGUGGACGUCCUCUCGAAGCUCGGGACGAACCCCUACAUCCCCGCGCUCAGAGCGGACCGCUGCCUUCAGCUCAUCCUGCAGCUGCUGCGCACGGCCCCGUCCAGAGGCUCCGGCUCCCGCGACGAUGAGGCGUUGACCGUCCUUCAGAAUUGUCUCGUGGCUGCGUCGGAGAGCAUCUCGGACUUUCUCCUCCGAAGGCUCACCGUCGGGGAGCUGAGCACCGUCGCGGAUCUGGACCGUUGCCAUUUGUAUCUGGGGGUUUUGGCGGAGCUGGUGAGCCUGCACCCCAGCGGGGCCGUCUGGAGCCCGGCCGCGCCCCCCUGCAGCUGGCUCGCUCUUUUGAAAUCCGCGUCCAUCCUCCACCUGCAGGGCAAGCCGGACGGCGGGGACCGCGGCCUCGGGGAGCAGAUUCAGAAAGUGGUCAGCAUGGCCUGCCUGGCCAGGACCUGCGAGAUGGCGGACCGGCAGCCCGGGCGGAGCCUCGACUCCCUGGACGCGGACGGGACCUUUCGGAGGUUCGUGUCCUCGGCCCAGUUCGACCGGAGGCCGGAGAAGCCCCGUUGUCCCGGGGAGCAGGGCAGUUUUCUCGGAGAAUCGUCGACUUCCCGGGGAUGGGGAAAAAGCGUCGCCCGGUACGUCCACGACCAGUGGGUCUGCCGCCGUUUUGCGUUAAACCGGUCAUCGCGCGGCCAGGCUCCGGACCCCGGGGACGGGACCCCUCCGGCCGCCGCCCGGGAGCCGGGCCGGCCGGAGACGCUCCUGCGGGCGGCGCUGGAAGCCCUCGCCGUCCUCCCGCCGGACCACGUCCUCCCCGUUUUCGGCUCCAUGAAAAUCUUGAUCCCCGAGCUCCUGAACUCCCACGAAUCCCUCUGCGUCCGGUCUUUCGACGCGGCCUGGAAGAUCGUAGCGACUCUGAGCAACACCCAGCUGGUGUUCUGGCCCAACCUCAAGGCCUUCGUUCAGUUUGCCUUCGACGGCAGAGUUCUAGCCGUCGCCUCGCGGCGGAAGGGCCGGGCCCACGCCCGGCUCAAGGAGAUCGCGAGCGAGAUGACGGAGAUGUCCUCCACCAGGACCGGGGUCUUCAACGUGCUCAUCGGCCACUGCUGCCGGACGUGGCUGGCCUCCCCGUGGGGCGAGCCGGGGCUCCCGGAAGACCCUCCGUCGAGCGCUCGGGAUUACGUGGGGCUCGUCGCCGAGGCCUGCGUCUUCGGGCCGGUGUUCAGGCGAGACCAGAGGCUCGUCCAGGACGUCCGGGCCUUCGUCGGCAGCCUGGGGAGCGAAUGCGCAGCCAACGUGGUUACCGAGAGCACUAACCGGGACGACCAUCACGUGAGAGUCUGCGCCGUCAAGUUCCUCUGUCUGUUGGACGGGGCCCGCCGCCCGGCACACAAGUCCUAUGUCGGAGAGCUGGCGGCCGGACUUCUGGAGAAAGAGGCUCUGGUGGCCAGUUCGAGAAGCCACUACUACGCGAACUCUCUUCAGCACAGAGUGCAAAACCGGGUGUGGCAGACGCUGCUGGUCCUGUUCCCCAAGCUAGACCAGGAUUUCCUCGGCGGGGUCGUCGACAAGGUUUUCCAGGCCGGGUCCGUCAGCAAUCAGGCCUCCGUCAAGUACGCCAUUCAGUGGAUGAUUAUUUUGAUCCUUCACCGAUACCCCCAGUUCUUCCCCAAGUUCUGGGACCGCUUCCGUCCCGGGGAAGAAAACUUCAAAACGAGCAUGUGCACGUAUCUGUCGGUGCUGUUUCACCUGGACGUCAUCGUUCAGAAUGAGGCCGAGAUGAGAGCUCAGCUGAAGAAAGGCCUCGUGGUCGCCCUGCAGUGGUGCUUCAGCCACAACUUCCGCGUCCGCCUCUACGCCCUGGUGACGCUGAAGAAGAUCUGGGGCCUGUGCAAGACCUGGCGCCUGGAGGAGUGCGAGGCUCUGUCGCCCGCCAUCGAGUCGAGCCUCGAACAGGUGGAAAACACCCACGGAGCAGGGAACGCCAAGAGGAACUGGCAGCGGAUCCAGGAGCAUUUCUUCUUCGCGGUCUUUCACCCCCUCCGAGACUAUAACCUGGAGACGAUAUUUUACAUCCUUCCCCGGCUUGCGGAACUCGCGGAGGACGAGUGGAUCCCCCUCUCCAAAUUCACCGGAUUCACGGACAUCCCCACGGAGUCGGGACGUCCGAGCUGGGGCCGGGCUCGCGGGGAGCUUCGGGACCUGCGGCCCGACCCGUGGACACAGCCGGACACCGGUCUCAACCCAGCUGAGCUCGCUCUCCACCUGGAAGGGACCGACGUCCAGAAGAAAAUCAUCCCUUGGAAAAACAACAGCCCCGCCCCCCCGGACCUGGACCUGGACCUGCUCUUUCAGGAUCGCGCUGCCCGACUGGGCAAGUCCCUCAGCGGGUUGAUCGUGGUGGCCUCGCUCGUUGCUAAACCCACCAAUUUAGGAGGGCUGUGCCGAACGUGUGAGAUAUUUGGGGUGUCGACGCUGGUGCUGGGCAGCCUGCAGUGCGCCAGCGACAAGCAGUUUCAGCACCUCAGCGUUUCAGCGGAGCAGUGGCUCCCUUUGCUGGAGGUGAAGCCAGCCCAGUUGGUGGAUUAUCUGCGGCAGAGAAAAGCGGACGGCUACACCAUCAUCGGCGUCGAGCAGACGGCUAGGAGCGUGGAUCUGACCGAGUACCGCUUUCCCGAGAAAUCGCUGCUCCUGCUGGGCAACGAGCGGGAGGGGAUCCCGGCGCACCUGCUCGGGCAGCUGGACGUCUGCGUGGAGAUCCCCCAGCAAGGCAUCGUCCGCUCCCUCAACGUCCACGUGAGCGGCGCGCUGCUCAUCUGGGAGUACACGCGGCAGCGGCUGGCCCGCCGCCCCCGCGACGGCGGCCGGACGGCAGGUCGAGCCCGCGAGGGGCAGGGCUCUUAAUGUAUUAUUUUUCUGGGAAAUAAACUGUUUUGGUUAAA